ACUGCAGGGUGUGACGGGGCCGGCGCCGCCGCGGAGUUGCGAGUCGGCGAAAGCGGCGGGAAGUUCGUAGUGAGCAGAAGGCGGCGGGUCCGCGGCUCCGGUGAAAAUGCCUCGUGUAAAAGCAGCUCAAGCUGUAAGACAGGGCCCUGCAAAGAGACGUCUUGCAGAACAGUUUGCAGCUGGGGAGAUAAUCACUGACAUGACAAAAAAGGAAUGGAAACUAGGAUUACCCAUUGGCCAAGGUGGCUUUGGUUGUAUAUAUCUCGCUGAUAUGAAUUCUUCAAAAUCGGUGGGCAGCGAUGCACCCUGUGUUGUAAAAGUGGAACCCAGUGACAAUGGACCUCUUUUUACUGAAUUGAAGUUCUACCAGCGAGCUGCCAAACCAGAGCAAAUUCAGAAAUGGAUUCGUACCCAUAAACUGAAGUACCUGGGUGUUCCUAAGUAUUGGGGGUCUGGUCUACAUGAUAAAAAUGGAAAAAGUUACAGGUUUAUGAUAAUGGAUCGCUUUGGGAGUGACCUUCAGAAAAUAUAUGAAGCAAAUGCCAAAAGAUUUUCUCGGAAAACUGUCUUGCAGCUAAGCUUAAGAAUUCUGGAUAUUCUGGAAUAUAUUCACGAACAUGAGUAUGUACACGGAGAUAUCAAGGCCUCAAAUCUUCUUCUGAGCCACAAGAAUCCUGACCAGGUGUACUUGGUAGAUUAUGGCCUUGCUUAUCGGUAUUGCCCAGAAGGAGUUCACAAAGAGUACAAAGAAGACCCCAAAAGAUGUCACGAUGGCACUAUUGAAUUCACCAGCAUCGAUGCACACAACGGUGUGGCCCCGUCGAGACGUGGUGACUUGGAAAUACUUGGUUACUGCAUGAUCCAGUGGCUCAGUGGGCGUCUUCCUUGGGAGGAUAAUUUGAAAGAUCCUAACUAUGUUAGAGAUUCCAAAAUUAGAUAUAGAGAAAAUAUUGCAGGUUUGAUGGACAAAUGUUUUCCUGAGAAAAACAAGCCAGAUGAAAUUGCUAAAUACAUGGAAACAGUGAAAUUACUGGACUAUGCCGAAAAACCUCUUUAUCAAAAUUUACGAGAUAUUCUUUUGCAAGGACUCAAAGCUAUAGGAAGUAAGGAUGAUGGCAAACUGGACUUCAGUGUUGUGGAGAAUGGAGGUUUGAAAGCCAAAGCUAUAACAAAGAAGCGAAAGAAAGAAAUUGAGGAAAGUGCAGAACCUAGUGUUGAAGAUAUGGAAUGCUCAAAUACACAGACAAAGGAGGCCACACAAACUCGUUCAAAAACCAGAAAGAGAGUCCAGAAGUAAAUCAAAUGCUGUGAACCAAUUUUUCUUUUCUUCUUUUCAUUUGACUUUUUCCUUUUUUUCUGCUCUAAGUGUUUUGUUUUCGUGUGAGUCUUAAGGGGUGGGGGUAACAAUGAAAUACCUAUGUCUUUGAAAAGCAAACUUUUUUUAUUAAAAUAAAUACUUAGUACAAUUUAUUAAAGGCUAAUUUAUAAAGUUUCAAAAUCUCUAGAUUACACCCUUUAAGCUAUCACCACGCUGUAUGUGUUUGAGGUUCUGGAGUACGUAUAAGAAAAAUUACUAUGACAUGUACUUCUCUAAUCAUUGUAUAUUUCCCAGAGUAUAUAAAAGCUAUGACAAAGUCCUUUUAAGGAAACACAGAACUUAAAAAUAAAAGUCUCUUUUUGCUUGAUACAAACAC